UUCUUCCAUGGGACAAACCAAAACAGCGCUGAAAAAAUAACAAAUGAAGGUAUCGACGUGGAAAUAGGAGAGGAAAAGAAGGACUUCAGUGAUGGCGGUGGGUUUUAUCUCGCUAGAGACUUAAAUGACGUUUUAGGCGUGCGGUGGGCGCGAGUUAGACGUCCUUGUUGUGCUGUUCUGGUAUUUAAAGUGGAAAAGACCAAAUUGAGAGAUGAAAGAAAUGGUCUGUUUCUGAGUGGCGAGAGCGUGCCGAAAUGGGAGGAGGUGGUCCGGAAUUUUCGUCUUGGAUCGCAUGAUCGUUCAUUAAGAAAACAAUUGAAGCCUUACGAUUUCCUUGAAGGCGCUAUUUCUGGCGAGGGCCAAAGCUACAACAAUCCCGUUCCUAACCCUGGCUCGUACCAGCUUUGUGUGAGAACCGAUGUUUGUGCUCAUCUUUUUAAUCGGAGUCUCCACUCGGCAAUGUUCUUCGAACCUGAGCAGUAA